AUUGCAACUAUCCUAUGUUAUUUUUCGUACGGACUAUCCAAGUGUAAUUCUUUCGUUCGUACUAUUAUUGGGUUUUCCUUGGUGGCGGUGUCGUUUCUCCCAAUGCUGCGUGCCACUCUUGGAUCCCUUUUAAUUGACACCUCUCCUUCAUUGCAGAUAACUCGCCCAAAAUUAGAUAAUACUGACCUAAAGUCAAUUGGGUAUCAGUUUAAUUUCUCAAUCCACUACCAAGAGCUCAAGAUCAGGUACCCACAUGAUUUCUUCGUAUUUUCCUGCGAUUCCUAAACAAUUGUUUCUGGGAGCCGACAUAGCAUAUUUUUUGAUAUGGGUUCGUGAGAUUCUCAUGAUCGCUGCACUUUCCAACUCCUCUAUUCUCCAAUCAAUUUACGUGUACACACUCUUAUCUUCCCCAGAAUUGUCUUCUUUUUUAGCCGAGUACCCCAUCCUUACCAACAGUAAUUGGAAGCCGGAGAGAUGGGUGAGACAUGAGAAUUCACGUCUGCCCUUCACGCUUAUACUUUCAAGUUUUAUCAGUUGAGGAGGCACCUCAGGUGGUCUAAAUUUGGGCAUGUGCUUCAGAUGAAAGAAGAGGGGCAUGAGGCAGGGCGUGUAAGUACCACAUUUAAACUGCGAGACGAGACUAAUGGAACAUCAUUUUUGUGAAUACUAUAAAAUAAUUCAAAUCAUUUCACCUUCAAUGUGGCGACACUAAGUGGUUGCGCUGGCGUGAGGAUCUAAAGAGCAUGAUUGUCAACACAGAUCAAUAGGAAUUGAAGAUUUAUGAGGUAACAUCACUCGGAUCCAAAUGCAUCAAGUGACCAAACCAACACAGCUCCAAAAUUACAAACUAAGCCAUAGCAACAAUCCCAAUUACUAGAAAGUAAGAUGUUGUUAUUAGUAAAUUAAUGUUUUAUAUUGUUAUUCUGGAUAAAAAUUAAAGUUCAUUAAUUUUUUUUUGUAAAAUCAAGGG